UUUGGGUCAAACCAGCACGAUGGUGUCAGAGAAAGGAGCGUCCAUAGCUGCUGCUAUUUUAUUUGCUGCUCUCAUUUCACUCAGUGAGGGCAUCAUUGGUGGCAGAGAGGCGACACCACAUUCUCGGCCCUACAUGGCCUCCAUCCAAGUCCAAGAUGGAGAGAACAUGAAACAUGAAUGUGGAGGAUUUGUGAUUGCAGAUCAGUGGGUGAUGACCGCCGUACACUGUCUUCCAACAGGACCAAAUGGAAGGAAAGUUGUGUUGGGUGUCCAUUCCCUGAGUGAAGCUGAAGAGACAAAGCAAACCUUUGACAUUCUGGAACUUCACAACCACCCAGAAUACAGUGGAUCAAAUUAUGACAAUGAUAUUGCUUUAAUCAAGCUGGAUCGUCCAUUUAACAGUUCUGAAGCUGUUAAAGCGGUGGAGUACCUGCGAACAGGUGGCACAAACCCCAGCACGGGUGCAGAGGUGGACACAGCUGGCUGGGGAUCCAUUGACGAUCUGGGGUCCCGACCAGACAAGCUGAAAGAGGUGUCCGUUGAAGUGAUGAGCUCAGCCCGGUGUGGACGCAGAGACUAUUUUGGCAGGAAGUUCACCGACAACAUGAUAUGUGCACAUAAACUAUGUCCAGAGCCUUGUGAUCAGCCCUAUAAAAAAGAAGACUCCUGUGAUGGUGAUUCUGGAGGGCCUUUGCUUUACAACGGUGUGGCCGUAGGCAUUACCUCUAAUGGAGGGAAGAAAUGUGGCCAAAUUAAAAAGCCUGGAAUAUACACAAUUAUCUCUCACUACACGGAGUGGAUUAACAACACCAUGGCCCCGCAGCCCCCCACAGAAUAAUUCU